AGUUAACCAGAAACUGGCAGUCAAAUUUUGGAGAAGCACGACCACACAUUCGAGAUUGCAGAGAAUGGAAGUCUAGCUGUCGAAUACAAGGCACGGGUACAAUAAUAUACCUCCAUAAGAUUGAUGCAUCGAUGCAUUUCAUGGCAGGAAUGGAGGCGACUGAGCUCAUCCGAACGUAUGAGAUGCACAAAGGAACGGAUUUCUAUCAUCGCCCUCACUGCUCAUUGAUUGGUGAUCGCGAGCGAUGCCUACAGGUAGGUAUGGACGACCAUAUCACUAAGCCCCUUCGCCGCGGAGAUCUUGGCAUGAAUUUAAUCAACAAGCUUGCAGAAGAAUUAGUCACGCAGUAUAACCUCUUUUACAGGCCACCUGCUCUCAUGGCGCCAUGACUGAUAUCAUUUCAUUGUAUCAUUGUAUGAUGUCGAUUCCAGUUG